ACGUCGGCGUCGCGGCGCCGCGAGCCGUCAGUCGCUGAGGAGACGCCGGUGGUCGGUGGAUGGCGCUGUCUGCGGCGACGACAUGGAAGACGGCGUCCGCAGGAGAAAGCCGGGGGCGGAUGAGGUACUGGGGCGGCUCGUGCUGCUGCAGUCGCUGGAGAGCGAACGUGGCCGGCUGGAGCUACGUCAGCUGCACCGCACCAGGUCGCGCCUGCGCGCCUCCUCCUCGGCAUCCAUCAUCCUGUGCGCCUUCGCCAUGCAGUCAAUGGUGGAGCUGCAGGUGAAUGUGCCGACACGCUGCCCGGCCUGGCUGUUCACCAUGUUCGCGGUGUGCACCGUGGCACUGGUGGCGGUGCAUACGGCUACUCUCGUCAUCUCCACCUUCCUGAUGCCUGACCUGCACGUGCCCCACCACCACAUCACCCACCCACUUGUGGUGCGCCUUCUGACGCCCGCGCUGCGUCGGCUCAUAGAGAUUGCCUGGGGCUGCUCCUCCGUCGCUGGACUCUUCCUCUUCAUGGUGGAGAUUGUUUUGCUGAACUGGGUGAAAUUCUGGGACUACACACUAAUGGCAUGCUGGGCUGGUACAAUUGCUAUGAUGCCAUUCAUGAUAGCCUUUGUUGGUUUUUGUAUCUACUUCCAUCGGACAUUUCUGGAACAUGGUUAUCAGUUUCAUCAAGAACAGAUUGUCGCCAUCCAUAAGCAGUAUGAAAAAAUGUUGUGUGAAGUAUGAAAGGACAAAAAAGAAAGCAUUAAAUUAUUUAUUGCUGUUAUUAGUCUAACAGGACUGUUGUACUAAUAAUAGUGAAAUCUGUAAAUACUGA